AAAUUUUUAAAUUUUAUAAAAGGAAAAGGUUUUUUUAUAUAGAAAUAAAUAUGAAUCCUUGUACAGUUUGUAAAACGGAAACAAAAAAUAGUUGUUCCAACUGUAAACAAGUAUUUUACUGUUGUGUAGAGCAUCAAAAACAAGAUUGGAAAAAUCACAAGAUAAACUGUCAUCCAUAUAAGAUUGUUAAAAAUGAGGAAUUGGGUCGUCAUUUGGUAACCACUCGUACAAUUAAACCGUUUGAAAUUAUUUUAAAAGAGGCUCCUUUAUUCAGAGGCCCCUCUCAGUUAACGCCACCGGUAUGUUUGGGCUGUUUAAACGCCAUCGAACCCACAGAUUAUAUAAAUUGUGAAGAAUGCGGUUGGCCUCUGUGUGGUGUUGAAUGCAAAAAUAAGGAUGAGCACCGUUACGAAUGCGAAUUGACCGUUAAAAGGGGGAAAAAGGCUAACGUACAAGAAUUUACCAAUCCUCAUCCGUUGUAUCAAUGUUUGAGCACUGCUCGUUGUUUGAUGUUACGCGAUAAAGAUGCUGAGAAGUGGAAACAAAUUAAUGAGCUGGAAUCGUUGGAGGAUCAAAGGCGUGGCUCUAUGCAAUGGAAGGCCGAUUACGAAAGUGUUUGUAAAUUUAUUUUAAAAUACUUCAACACUCAAAUAUUUAGUGAAGAUGAAAUUAUGCGCAUUAUUGGCAUUUUACAAAUCAAUGGCCAUGAAGUACCCACUUCUGAUCCAGCCCAUGUUGCUAUUUUCUAUAAUGCCUCGUUCCUAGAGCACUCCUGUACGCCCAAUAUAGCCAAAAGUUUCAAUAAAGAUGGCCAUCUUGUGCUCUGGGCUCCCAAGGAAAUAAAGAAGGGUUCACAUUUAAGCAUUUGCUAUUCGGACGCUGUAUGGGGUACAGCCGAUCGUCAGCGUCAUUUAAUGCAAACGAAAAUCUUUAAAUGUCAGUGUCCCCGUUGUGUUGAUGUCAGUGAAUAUGGAACAAAUUAUAGUGCUUUAAAAUGUGAGAAAUCCGAAUGUAGAGGCUUGAUGUUGCCAUCAAAUUUGAAUGAUUGGCACAAGGAUUGGACUUGCAACGAAUGUAAGCACCAAGUGGAUAAAACAUAUGUAAACAAUAUAUUAGAAAGAUCGGGUAGUGAUUUGAAUGCAAUGGAUAAAACGAAGGAAAAUUGUCGCAAAUAUUUAAGUCAUUAUGGCAGAUGGUUACCCAGUCAUCAUUAUUACAUGUGUGAAGUCAAGAUACAUUUGGUACAACAACUGGGCAAGGAACCACAGGAACUAAUGAUUCUGCCAGAUGAAGAUCUAAAAUUAAAAAUAGAGUAUGGCAGAGAAUUAGUUGAACUAUAUGAAAUAUUGGCACCUUGUGAAGUUCGUAUGUUGGGUAAUUUAUGCUUUGAAGUUCAUUCCGCUGUGGCCGAAAAUACACGCCGCAUCUCCUUGCAAGUGAGUUUAUCGCCCAAAGAACUUCUCGAAGAAGCCUUGAUGUAUGUAGAAAAGGCUGUCGGUUAUCUACAAUAUGAGUCGGAUAUAUUUGUUGAAGGACACAUGUUAAAACAAGCCAAAAUUAACCGAGAUGCUUUAAAAAUGGUCAUAAGAAUGUAAAUUAAAUAUAAAAAGAAAUUUUUAUAACUAAAUUCAGUUUUGUAUACUUGAAAUAAAAUGUUUAAUACAACAAAAAAAAAAACAACAAA